AUAGCCCACACAUAUACACAUUCUCCCUGUCCCUGUUGUGUGUCAGUGUGUGUGUGUGUGUGAGAGAGAGAGAUGGCCGUAGAAGACGAAGGAGAAGAGACGCGGCGGCCACUAUUGCGUGACACUGAACUCACUGGAACUUUAUGGACUGCCCUAGCACAUAUCAUUACAGGAGUUAUCGGAUCCGGUGUUUUAUCACUUGCUUGGAGCAUGGCUCAACUUGGAUGGAUUGCUGGCCCUUUUUCUAUCCUGCUCUUUGCGUUCUUCAAUCUUAUUUCUGCAUCCAUUCUUUGUGACAUUCACAUUUUUUCCAACAAUACCACCACCGUUGUCAAUCGCUCUUACUUGCAAGCUGUUAAUACCUUUUUAGGAUCUAAGAAUGGAUUUGUAUGUGGAUGCUUGGUAUAUUUUAGUAUAUUUAAAACAGGAGUUGUCUACACAAUCACGUCUGCUAUUAGCUUGAGAGCAAUUAGGCAGUCAAACUGUUAUCAUGAAGAAGGACAUGCUGCUGCUUGUGAAUUUGAGAAUAAAUACUAUAUGCUUCUGUUUGGCAUUGUCCAAAUAGUAGCCUCUCAAAUACCUAAUAUUUUUCAUACCAGAUGGCUCUCGAUCAUUGCUGCAGUAAUGUCCUUCACCUAUUCUUUUCUUGGAAUGGGACUUGGAUUAGCCCAAGUAAUAGGACAACGGGAGAUUAAAGGUAAUAUCAGUGGAAUCCAAGCAACUAAUUCCACACAGAAAGUAUGGUUGGUGGCUCAAGCUCUUGGAGAUAUUGCAUUUGCAUAUAAUUUUUCGUUAAUCCUUCUUGAAAUACAGAACACUUUGAAGUCACCUCCAUCCCAAAAAGUAACAAUGAAGAAGGCUUCCAGCAUUGCAAUAUCCACCACUAGUAUCUUCUACUUGCUCUGUGGUGGUUUUGGCUAUGCCGCCUUUGGAGACUCCACUCCUGGGAAUCUCUUGACCGGGUUUGGAUUCUAUGAACCAUACUGGCUGAUAGACUUUGGUAACGCGUGCAUCGUUCUCCACUUAGUUGGAGGGUAUCAGAUAUAUAGUCAGACAUUAUUUGUAAAUGUGGAAAGGUGGUAUGUUGAAAAGUUUCCGGAAAGCGCAUUCGCAACGGAUAUUCAGAGUUUGAAGGUGUUGUCAUUGCCGGAGUUUAGAGUGAAUCCUCUUAGGCUAUGUUUUAGAACAGCGUACGUGAUAUUGACCAUGGGGGUAGCAAUGUUAUUUCCUUACUUCAAUGAGGUUCUGGCCUUUGCAGGAUCAAUCAUCUUCUGGCCAUUGACGAUUUAUUUCCCAGUUGAGAUGUACAUUUUGCAAAAGAAAGUUGUAGCAUGGUCCAAAAAGUGGAUUGUUCUUCGGCUUUAUAGCACUUUUUGCUUGCUUGUAACAAUUUUUACUUUGGCUGGUUCUAUUGAAGGGCUUAUUGCCAAACGAUUUGGUUAGUAAUGUGUUUGUCCAAAAUAUGUAUAUUUAUACUAAUAAUAAUGAUCUCUUUUGUAUAAUAAUAAAAGAUUAACUAAUUAGGCAA